AGAGAGAGAGAGAGAGAGAGAGAGAGAGAGAGCUAGCUCACCACGCAGCUUGAAAGCAUGCUGAAGCAGAGAGUCAUGUCAUCCUUCGCCGGGAGCACAGAUUCCUGCUCGGACUUGGUGGCACGAGGAUGACCUGAAGGAACCUGCGAAAACCUUCUAGAGAAAGACUCGAGAGAGCCAGGCCAGAAGAAUCCAAUGGCUCAGUUGUAUUAUAAGAAAGUGAGCUACUCUCCUUACCAAGACAGAAUCCCACUGCAGAUUGUACGGGCUGAGGUGGAUCUCUCUGCUGAGGAGAGGGCCUACCUCACUGCCGUUGAGAAAGGGGACUAUGUUGGCGUGAAGCAUGCGCUGCGUGAGGCGGAGGUAUACUACAACAUGGAUGUGAACUGUCUGGACCCUCUGGGGCGAAGCGCGCUGCUCAUCGCUAUCGAGAACGAGAACCUGGAGGUGAUGGAACUACUUCUGGACCACGGGGUUGCCACGGGAGACGCCCUGCUCUACGCCAUACGGAAAGAGGUGGUGGGGGCCGUGGAGUUGCUGCUGUCUCAUAGGAGACCUGGUGGAGAGAAACAGGUCCCAUCCCUGAUGAUGGACAGUCAGUUCUCAGAGUUUACUCCAGACAUAACUCCAGUCAUCCUGGCAGCUCACACCAACAACUAUGAGAUCAUUAAACUACUGGUCCAGAGAAAAGUCACAAUUCCCAGACCCCACCAGAUACGAUGUGACUGUGUCGAGUGUGCCUCCAGCUCAGAGGUGGACAGCCUUCGUCACUCCAGGUCUCGUCUGAACAUCUAUAAGGCGCUGGCCUCUCCCUCGCUCAUCUCUCUCUCCAGUGAAGACCCCAUCCUCACGGCUUUCAGACUGGGCUGGGAACUCAAAGAACUCAGCAAGGUGGAGAAUGAGUUUCGUCAGGAAUAUGAGGAGCUGUCUCAGCAGUGUAAGCUGUUUGCUAAAGACCUGUUGGACCAGGCUAGGAGCAGCAGAGAGCUGGAGACUAUACUGAACCACAGAGAUGACAGUGAAGAACUGGACCCUAGAGAGACAAGCCACGACCUGGCCAAACUCAAACUGGCCAUCAAAUACCAACACAAAGAGUUUGUAGCCCAGCCUAACUGCCAGCAGCUCCUAGCUACUCUGUGGUACGAUGGGUUUCCUGGCUGGAGGAGGAGACACUGGGUUGUCAAACUGGGGACCUGUUUCAUCAUAGGACUGCUGUUCCCUGUCUUCUCAAUGAUCUAUCUCCUAGCCCCUAAGUCUGCCUUAGGUGUGUUUGUGAAGAAACCCUUCAUCAAGUUUAUCUGUCACACAGCAUCGUACCUGAACUUCCUCUUCCUCCUCCUCCUCGCCUCACAACACAUCGCCAGGACUAACCUACACAUGCAGGGCCCUCCUCCUACUGUGGUUGAAUGGAUGAUACUACCCUGGGUACUAGGUUUUAUCUGGGCUGAGAUUAAGGAGAUGUGGGAUGGAGGUUUUACAGAGUAUAUACACGACUGGUGGAACCUGAUGGAUUUUGCUAUGAACUCCCUCUACCUGGCUACUAUAUCACUGAAGAUAGUGGCUUACGUUAAGUACAACUCUUCCCGUCCUAGAGAAGAGUGGGAGAUGUGGCACCCUACCCUGAUAGCAGAAGCAUUGUUUGCUAUAGCUAAUAUCUUCAGUUCUCUUCGACUCAUCUCCCUGUUCACAGCCAACUCCCACCUGGGACCUCUACAGAUCUCACUGGGACGGAUGCUGCUGGACAUACUCAAGUUCCUCUUUAUAUAUUGUCUGGUGUUGCUUGCGUUUGCCAACGGUCUGAAUCAGCUUUACUUCUACUACGAGACCAAGGCCUCAGACGAACCCAACAACUGCAAGGGCAUUCGCUGUGAGAAACAGAAUAACGCUUUCUCAACGUUGUUUGAGACUCUCCAGUCUCUGUUCUGGUCCGUCUUUGGCCUGUUAAACCUCUAUGUGACUAACGUUAAAGCUCGUCAUGAGUUCACUGAGUUUGUGGGGGCCACCAUGUUCGGAACCUAUAACGUCAUCUCUCUGGUGGUUCUGCUCAACAUGUUGAUCGCCAUGAUGAACAACUCCUACCAACUCAUCGCUGACCAUGCAGAUAUAGAGUGGAAGUUUGCCCGGACCAAGUUAUGGAUGAGUUAUUUUGACGAGGGGGGUACUCUGCCCCCUCCCUUCAACAUCGUUCCCAGUCCUAAGUCAAUGUGGUACCUCUGUCUGUGGGUUCACCAUCGACUCUGUAGGAGAGGAGCGCCCCCUGCUGACAACGCAGACAAACACCACAACCUACGAAAGUUCCCGGAGCAUCAUGCAGACAGCCUGAUACAGAACCAGCAUUAUCAGGAAGUGAUCCGUAGCCUGGUGAAGAGGUACGUGGCGGCCAUGAUACGCAGUUCCAAGACGGACGAGGGACUGACAGAGGAGAACUUUAAGGAGUUGAAGCAGAACAUCUCCAGUUUCCGUUAUGAGGCUUUAGAUCUCCUUGGUAACCGUCGGCCUCCCAGACGCCACUACUCCUCCAGCAGCAACGCCACACUGAGAGACGAGGGAGGAACCAAUGAUGAGGGGGGGCCCGACUCUAACUUUGACCCCAAAGAUCCUUCUCUGGUGUCGCAGGAGGUGGGAGGAGCCAAGAGGUCAAUGGGCAUGACCUUUCUGACCCCGACAGGAAGCAUGGAGAAGAAGAAACAAAAAUAUGGCGUCUCCUCUUUGGUCCGCAGUAUUUCAGGAAUGGAGGUGGUUUCUGUAACGAAGAUGGAGUUAGAGGAGGAGGAGGAGGGAUGGGGGGAGGAGGGAGAGCAGGAGGUGGACGAAGAGAAGGAGGAGGAGGGAUGGGGGGAAGAGGAAGAGGAGGAGGGUAAACCAAAGAGCAACGGGGUGAGGAGAGAAGCCGUCACUUCCUCUUCUUCUAUCUUCCCUUCGUUCCCUUCCUCCUCCACCUCCUCAUCCUUCGCUCGCAUCCAGCGGUUGUCGGUGGCGACGUCCAAUAAGACGCCAGACUACUUUAAACGCCUCGGCUUCCUGUUCUCACGCAAAGCCCCGCUCCUUCCCCUCUCCGUCAGCCAAUCCCCUCUCUCCAUCACCAUCUCAGACGGCUUGCUCCACCCCCUGAGAGGUCGAGGGUCGUAUGACCUCAGCGAGACGCAGCUUAACCAGGCAGGGCAUACUAAGCCAGUCGGAGCCACUCCUAAUUCCUCCAGACGAGCAAAUGAGACGGACUCUCUCCUCCCCUUGCCCCUCCCACCUCCCUGCCCCUGCCAAUCCCUGCACUGUGCUUCCAAUAUGGCAGACUCUGAAUUCCACCAUCUGGACUCCAGCGAGAGCGUCUUCGAGGGAGGAGGAGGUGGCAGGGUGGUUGGAGGGGGGUCGGUGGAGCCGUGUGAUGUCGUCGAGGAAUCCUGCGGCACGGAGGACUCUGUUACUACGCAGCUGUAAGAAGACUGUAGUCAGUUGGUUACCUACCGGAACUCAACGAACAACCGCAAAGUCACAGGUGACGAGAGGACUGUAUAUAGGGGGAAACUGUAAGUGACCUAGGCCACCCCCACAUCCCACUUAUGUCACCCUACUGUUCCCCUGAACUAGGAGGUUAUUAUGGCCCUGUCCAGAAACAACCCCUAGACCCUACUGAACCCCUGAACUAGGAGGUCAUUAUGGCCCUGUCCAGAAACAACCCCUAGACCCGACUGAACCCCUAAACUAGGAGGUUAUUAUGGCCCUGUCCAGAAACAACCCCUAGACCCUACUGAACCCCUGAACUAGGAAGUUAUUAUGGCUCUGUCCAGAAACAACCCCUAGACCCUACUGAACCCCUGAACUAGGAGGUCAUUAUGGCCCUGUCCAGAAACAACCCCUAGACCCUACUGAACCCAUCAGAACGAUCUGUCGAUCCAUUAAACCACAUUAAGUUUAAAGAACUUGAAUAAAUCAAUGGUCUGAAUGCUAAAAUCGUCUUUAUUGCGUUGAUUGAUUGCCAAUUGAUUGAUCGAUUGACCCGGAUGAGAUAUGAAUUAACAUUUUAUUUGUUCUACACACAAAACAAGUUUGUAGUCAUAGGCCUACGCUGAAUCAACAGUUUAUCAUCACUACUAAAAGACACAUAAAAACAGUCCAACUCUGUAGAACAGUGGUCACCAACCUUUCCUGAGUCAAGAUAAUUCUCUCUCACGCACAUACGUUUGUUUUUACUAUCCUUGCGGGGACAAAAAACUAUUCAUUCAUUUAAAAUCCUAGUUUCCUUAAACCUUAACCUUAAAUGUAACCCUAAACCUAACCGCUAAGUUUUAAAAACAGCCUUUCCUUGUGGGGUCCAGCAAAAUGUCUCCACUUGACCCA